AUCGCGUCGUGCUAGAGGAGUCCUGCGCAGCGGUCACAAUGAUUCAACUAAAGUCAAUAUUGAAUUGCAUCGACAACUCGGGCGCCGCCCUCGUCGAGUGCGCCCUCGUCAUAGGCCAGAAGCGAGCCGCACGAGUCGGUGACCGAAUCGUCGUCGUCGUCAAGGAGCAUCGAUCCGCCGGAGCCUCAGGCAUGACGGGCAUGUCUUCCGCCAACAAAGUCCGCCGUGGUGACAUCCGUCACGCCGUCGUCGUCCGCACAAAGUACCCCAUGCAGCGCCGCGAUGGCUCGCAGGUCAAGUUCGACGACAAUGCUUGUGUGCUUCUGAACAAGGCAGGCGACCCAGUCGGCUCGCGCAUCAACGGUGUUGUCGGGUCUGAGUUGAAGAGGAAGAAGUGGAGCAAGAUUCUGUCCAUGGCGCCCAUGAACGUCUAAGGGAUUGCGAAUAGGAGGGCGUGGUCGCCCAAGGUGGUGUAUAAGAAGAGGGCUACUGUACGAGAGAAUACUGUACAUCUACGCGAAGCCUGGGGCAUUAUCACGGCGUUCUUGUACAAAUACCAUGAAUACUACGAAAUAUAUGGCCGCUUGGCCGCAAAUGAUAUGUUCACGUUUGGG